ACCCUAAUCACAUUAAAAGAUGAUCUAAUUAAGAAUUUACACAAUGUCAAAUCAUCCUUCAAAAGAAUUCAAUCAUUUCAAUCUACAAAGUCAAAGUUGAACUUUGCCUACCGAAACGAUUUGUUCAAUCUUUCUCCCUUUUUUGACCCUAAUUUUGAAUUAUAAUCAAAUCAUCUUUCAAAAGAAUUCAAUCGACAAACUCAAACUUGAUCCUUGGACUACAGAAACGAUUGAUCCAACCUUUCUCCCUUUUUUGACCCUAAUUUUGAAUUAUAAUCAAAUCAUCUUUCAAAAGAAUUCAAUUGACAAACUCAAACUUGAACCUUGGACUAUAGAAACGAUUGAUCCAACCUUUCUCCCUUUUUUAACCCUAAUUUUGAAUAAUAAUCAUAUAAUCCUUCAAAGGAAUUCAAUCGACAAACUCAAACUUGAACCUUGGACUACAGAAACGAUUGAUCCAACCUAUCUCCUUUCCUUUCAGCGGAUUAAUUUAUUGAAUAAUUAUGAAUACUACUACUACUGAUAUACUAUUAAACAAUUCAUUGCAUCAAUGUAAUAAUUUACAUGAAACAGAUCAUAUAUCCUUUAUCCAAUCUAUCAUAUCAGUUAUUCUAUUAAGUAUAAUAUGUAUAUUAGGUAUUAUUGGAAAUAGUUUAGUUAUUAUUGUUUAUUGUAUUAAACCUAAAAUUAAUACUAAUCGUUUUAUCAUUAAUCAUACAAUAAUGAAUAAUAAUACAAAACAGAAUAUUACCGGUAAUACAUUAAAUACCUUGACAAUAAAGAAUCCAGGUUCGAAUCCAUCAAUCUUCAAUAAAGAUCAUUUUAAUUUAAUAAAAAAAUCAAAUAAAUUGUUAUUACGUAAAAAUACAUUAAGUCAACAAAAUUUAAUUUUACUACUUGCAUUUAUUGAUUUAUUAACAUGUGUAUUUAUAUUACCAUGGGAUAUAUAUCGUGUUGCUAAUUAUGCAUAUGAUGAAACUACUAUACCUAUACCUAUACCUAUACCUAUAUCUAUACCUAUUGAUGAAAUAUAUAGGAACAUAUCAAUUGAGAAUUAUAUAGAAAUGAAUGAUAUAAAAGGAAUCUAUACUAAUUAUAAAUUAAAUGCUAUUUUAACAUUAUUACGUAAUAUAAUAUUUGCAUGUGAAGGUAGUGUAUUAGCUGCUAUAGCAUUUGAACGAUAUAUGAUACUUGUUCAAUUAGAUAUAUGUAAAUCUAUAUGUUGUCUAUCAUUGAAUAAAAUACAAAAUAAUAAAAAUAUAAAUAAUAAAAUUAUGAAUUCUGUAAAAUUUUCCUCAUUAUUACAAAAGGGUACAUCAGUACAUUUGAAUAAAUCAACUUAUGAUAAAACUAUUCAUUCUAUAAAUGUUCUUUCUAAUUCUAGUUCAAUAAGAACUUCACCGAAAUUGAUGAAUUCAAGAAACUCGAACAAUAUGAAAUAUAAAAGUAAUAAAGUUUGUAAAUCAAAUACAUGUAUUACAUCAAUGUUAAUUACAGUUAUUAUAGGAACAUGUUUAUUUGAAUGUAUAUUGAUUGUAUUAGAUUUAAGUAAAUGGGAUUGUCAACUAACUGAAAGACUUCGUGAACUUGUAAAUCAAGUAUAUAUCUUGUUGACCUUUUUAUCUUUCAUCAUUAUUACUUAUUUAUAUGCAAGAAUAUUUAGAACAGUUCGAGAGAAUGAUUUACGUAAACAACGAUGGUUAACUGUGAAAAAUGUAAAUUAUUCAUCUAUGAAAAUAUUGAAUAAAUCAAAUUCAUUCUUACAAUCAUCAGUAUACGACAGUGAAGUAGUAGAUUCAGGAGUAAUAAAGUUAACUGGGGAAAGUGAAUCUACGUCAUCAAUACCAUUGAAUCAUCAAAAAUCUCAUGAACAUAAUUGUCAUACAAUACAAUCAAGAAGAUCGGGAUUAUCAUAUAGAUUAAUAAAACAAUUAAGUUGUGAUCAAGUCAUAACAAAUCAAUAUGAUACACAAACUAUACAAUGGAAUACAUUAAAGAAACGUGCAAUCCUUAAAACACCAUCUAUAACAACUCUAUUUGAGCAUUCACAUGAUAAACAAGAAACUAUGAUAAAACAUAAUAAUAAUAAUCAAUCUAUUCAUCAACAAAUGAUUAACACAGCAACAACAAAAACAACAACCAACACCACCAACACAACAACAACAACAACAACAACAAUACAAUCUCCAAUAUCUUUAUCUAUAAAUCGUUUAGUAACUAAACGUGUAACACGUAGUCAUCGUACAGGUUUAAUGAUAUUUAUAUCGACUGUAAUAUUUUAUGCUACAUUAUUUCCUGUAUUAUGGGUACAUUUUAAAUUUUGGUGGAAAUAUACCAUUAACACCACCCCUAACAACAACAACAAUAACACCAUCACUACCACCACUAACCCCAACAACAAUAACUAUAAUCACUCUACUAAUAAUAAUAUCAAUCAUACUAUAAAUAAUCAAAAUAAUGAAGGAAAUUUUAUGACAACUGUACAUCAUGAAUUUUAUUAUGUUAAUAAUGCUGUAAAUUUUUUUAUUUAUUCAUUAUUUAAUCAAAGUUUUCGUGCACGUUUAAAACUUUUAUUAUCUAAAUAUUAAAUUGUUACUAUGGUAACAAGAAGAAACAACAACAACAACACCAUAACAAACAAAUUAUUCAAUCAUUGUUUUUCAUUGUUGAUAAGAAUGUCUAGAGUAUUUGAAAUCUAUAAAACAAAUCAUACAUCAUUAUACAAACUGAAGUUUAACUGACCUUUGAAUAUGUAAAAUGAAUCAUUGAAUCUAUCAUGUUUAUUUAGUUCAUAAAGUGAUGAUUUAUGAUAUUUAUCAUAAAAUUCAUUCAACAAGUUAUAUAAUAGUGAAUAACUAUUUCUGCUGUUCUACAUUUUUAUGGUAUACUUCUUCUAACAUUCCAUGAUAUAUAACUAAAGACAAUAAAGUAAACUUUAUUUUGACAUAUAUGAUUAAUUGUUUUCAUUUAUUAACAGAACAUAUAGGAUUAUGAUUGGAUAUUUGACUUGUAAACAAUAGUUACAAUUAAAUUUAUUUAGUGUUGUUUGUUUGAAUUUUCCCAUCGAUGUGU